AUGGAGGAGAAAGAUCAGCCCAUCACGGAUGACCACCGGAAGCUCGUCUUUUCCUUCCUUCGGAUGAUGCGCCGGUCGAAGGUCGAGAACCCCGAGCGCACGGAGGCUGUGGCGCAGAUGCUCGGUGAGGAAUUCGGCGUCGACCCGGCCGGGAGCGGCGGUCUGCAUGACACAGAGGUGGACGUGCUAGAGGCCUUCAAAACGGCGCUGCGUGAGCACGAGCGUCGCAGCGGCGCCGAACAGGACGAAAAGUUCAUGUCUUUUGUGGAGCUUCUGGAGAAGAAGGGCUAUUUCAAGGGCGUUGAGAAGGGCUCCGACGAGUACGCGCAGCGGCUGGAAAAGGCGCGCGAUAAGUUCAACCAACGCAACAACCCCUAUGAGGGCCUCACAGCGGAGCAGAUAAAGAACAAGGGCAAUGAGCUGAUGAGCCAGGCCAAGUACAAGGAGGCAAUCGCGUAUUACACCAAGGCCAUUGAGCUGGAGUCGGACAACGCCGUCUUCUUCGCCAACCGCGCCGCGGCUCACACGCACCUCAAGGACUACAGCAACGCCAUCAUCGACUGUGAGCGUGCCAUCGUCAUCAACCCAGAGUACUCCAAGUCGUAUUCCCGCCUUGGAACAGCGCUCUUCUAUCAGGAGAACUACGCCCGCGCUGUGGAGGCGUUCACCAAGGCGUGCGAUCUCGACCCCGACAACGACACCUACAAGGAGGACCUUAAGCGGGCGGAGGAGAAGGCGAAGAUGACUGGCCUCACCACGGGCGGCGGCAUGGGUGGCUUCCCGGGCAUGGGUGGCUUUCCCGGGAUGGGCGGCAUGCCAGACAUGAGCCAGUUUGCGAGCAUGAUGAACAACCCGCAGUUCAUGGAGACAGCUCAGCGUAUGAUGCAAAACCCCGAGUUUAGCAACAUGGUUGCCAACAUGGCGGGCAAGUUCAGCCAGGGCGGCAUGGACCCAGCGGAACUGAACCGCCUUGGUGCCGACAUGGGGAUGCGCAACGUGGAUGAGGAGGGCAACGUUGUGACGCCGUUUGGCAAGGUGAACCGUGCCGCUAUUGAGAAACUGCAGGAGGAAGAAGUGCGCAAGAACCCGAAGCUGGCUGGAAUCAUGGCGGAUGUGCAGGCCAACGGCUACGGUGCCUUCCAGAAGUAUCUCGGCGACCCGGAUGUCAUGAGCCUGAUGAUGAAGUUCCAGAGCCUAAUGUUCACAAACCCGAACAGUAGUGCUUAG